AUGGAUAGAGGAGCCUGGUGGGCUGCGGUCCCUGGGGUCAUACCAUUCACACACAACUUAGUGACUAAACCAACACCAUCACGUGACCGGUUACAAGUCUGCGGCGCUCAUCCAGUGGGAGAUGAUGGUGGUGGCAUUGGAGACGAGUCCAGGGCAAGUCGCGUUCCACAAAAAGCUGACAUUGAAUACCAGAAGUCAGAUGAGCACAAAGAUGACCGUGACUCAAAGCGGAACAACCCAAGUCACACAUGCACAAAAAUAAAAAAUAAUAAUAAAAUAAAGUGUAGAAGGGAGGGAAGGAACACAUCUGGCUGA